CUGCCUGAGCCGAGCCAGCCAGCUCUCCAGCACAGCAGGGGGCGCCUCAGGCCCCAGCUCCUCCCUGCUGGGUCCUGCAGCUGCACUUUGGAAGCCUGGUCCCUUCAGUGCCUGGCCUGUGUGAAAACCAAAGGAGAGGAGGGGUUGAAUCAGCAGAGAAAACCAUCCAGGUGAAGCUGGUCCUGCACCCUCCUUCCCCAGCUGCUCCCCAGCCAGCCUCUCCUUAGAAGCCUGAGUUCAGAAAGAAAAGUGGUGAUUCUGAGGAAAAAGACAUGGGCGCUGCUGGUUAUAUCUUCUUGCUGCCCCUUCUGCUGGGGACCUCAGGCACCAAUGAGGGGGAACCAGAGACUCUCCUGAACUCAAUCUGUGGGCGGCCCGCAGUCUCAUCUGGCAUUGCCUCUGGCAGGGAGGCCAACGUGGGGCAGUGGCCCUGGCAGGUCAGCAUCCGCAAGGGCUUGCUGCACAUCUGUGCAGCCACCCUCAUCUCAGAGCAGUGGGUGCUCACAGUGGCAAGCUGCUUCCGGUCCAAGGACACCAGAAAAUACAGUGUAUUGGUGGGGUCACUUCAGGUCUCUGGCCGCCCAGCCUCCAAAAUGACGAUAAUUCCUGUGUCCAGGAUUAUCCCUUACUCUGACUUCCAGGGAAACACGACUAGUGCCAUCGCUGUGGCUGAACUGGCCCACCCAGUGUCUUUUACCCCUGUUGUCCUGCCCAUCUGCCUUCCCUCGUCUGCAGUUCAGCUCAAAAACUCAACCUCCUGCUGGGUGACUGGAUGGGGCUAUUCUGGAGUACACCAACAUAUGAAGCCAUCUUAUAUACUGAGGGAGCUGAAAGUGCCCCUUAUUGAUCUCCAGACAUGCAGUGACUACUUCCAGAAAGCAAACUACUAUGGAAUCAAGCCUAACAUCAGUGAAGCCAUGAUCUGCUCUGAGCUCCCAGUGGGGCAGAAGGAUCAGUGUAUUGGCAGUAGAGGAGAUCCCCUGACAUGUAGAGUGGAAGAUUUCUGGGUCCUGGCAGGAGUGAUCAGCUGGGGUUCAAAAUGCAUUCUAACCAGUGAGCCUGGAAUAUAUACAAACAUCAGUUUCUACAAAUCUUGGAUUGAGAAGUCAGCCAUUUCACAUACUGACUUUUCUGCUGUCCUCAGACCAGACUUCUCUGGGCUCCUUCUUAUAAUGCUUCUACCUCUCAUUUUCCUGGGGCUAUCCUAACUGGCUGAGUAGGUUCCAUGCCCAGUAUGGAGCCUAAAACAGGGCUUGAACUCAUGACCCUGAAUCAAGACGUGAGCUGAGAUCAAGAGUUAGACACUCAACCGAUAGAGCCACUCAGAUGCCCCUAGAAGUUGAUGGUUUUGAUGAGAGAUUUUGAAGAUUUAGUAAGACAGAUGCAAUUCUGCUACUUUUGGCUAAUCACCAUAAGCCUCAUCUGUCUGUUGUUUUUUAUUCACAAGUCAACUUGGAAAGAUCUCCAGUGUUAAUAAAGUUUGGUUGAUUCCAA